GCGAGCAGGCCGCCCGGCCGCCAGCUCAGGGCCGGCGCCGCAACGGCAGCGCCGACGAUCGAGUGGCCGUCACGCAGCCGAGCAGCCCCGAGCUAGGGGCGGCGCGCUGGCGCCACGCCAGCCACGACCUCGUGCUCGACGAGCGCCACCAGAAGCACGUCAGCUUCGACUCGCAGAUCUUCCGGAGAGACUGCUGGACGGGCGGCGAACGCCUGAUUACAUGGAUGAGGGCUCCAACCUAUUUGGACCAUUCUUGACAAAGGCUCUCUGCAAGAGAAGAUGAAGCGCUCCUCAAUGCGCACUCAGUCGACUCAGACUGAAGCGAAUGCUGCAGUGGAGGUCGCUCCGCCGUCCUAUUUGUCCCUGUCGCCAAGGACUGUUCACAAGCACCUGCGGUCCCAGGGCGCCCAGACGCAGCCGCGCAGGCGCGGGCACCGGGCGCUCACCAAGAGCUACUCGGAGGUGGGCGGCCGGCCGUCGUACCUGCGACGGCGUCCGCCGCCCGCCGAGCCCGUCAUGGCACGCGCCGUCUCCUCGCCGAUCGACAUCCACCCUGGCGAGGCGGCGGAGCCGGCGGACAGCCUGCCGGCGGCGAAUCGUCGGCCGGUCGAGCGGCGCGCGGCCGCUACCGGCGCCGACCGGCCGCCGUCGCAACAGGAGAUCAUGAUCGACUACAAGCCGUGCGAGCGCAAGCACCCGCUGCAGAAGACACUCUCGGAGGGCGAGAUUCUGCUGGACCGGCGCGCGCGUGAACGGCUCGCCACCGGCUGUGUGGAGGUCUCGCUGGUCGGGCUCGGCGGGCAGCGAGAGAGCGUUAUCGAGAAGUUGACCGUGAGUGAGUCGGACCUACUGGAGCCGAGCUGCGGCCGGCUGCGCGCGCUCACACAGGUGCAGCGGUUGGGGCCCGAUCUGCCACCGUCGCCGCCACUCCCCCCGCUGCCGCCGCCGCCGCCGCCGCGCGACUACGAUGAUGACGAGUUCCACGAGAACCUGAUUGAGAACCUGCUGAGCGAGGCGGUGCCGCGCGCCGAAUCGCCGUCAAGCGGCAGCGAGUCAGGCGAGGCGGCGACUGCCGGGACCCGAGACGCGCUCUCGCCGCCGCGCUCCACGCUGACGCGAGACAGCCUGACUGAGUCGCAGGAGACCGUGCUGCAGGCGGCCGGUGAUACCACGCCGCAGCCGCUGCCGCUGCCGUCCGACUCGGAGGCGGGCACGCCGUGCGCCGCUGAGCCGGAGAACGGCGCGCCGUCCUCGGCGUCAGGCUCGCAGCCGUCGUUAGCGCGGGAGGAGGCGCGCGUGCUGCGCCAACUGGAUGCCAUCAGCUCGGAGCUGGACCACCGGCUGGCCUCGCCGGAGGAGCUAAGUCGACUCAGUCCGCCGCCGCCGCCGCCGCAGCUCGAGGGCUGGAAGGACACGAGCCCGGCGCCCUCGUACGUGUCAUCCGUCAGCGAGGGCGACGACGACAAGCGCAUGGAGAAGUUCCUAAUGACGCUGAACGAGGGCUUCGAGAGCGACAGCACGGGACAAUCGGACGAGCGCAACAAUGAACGGACAGUGCGACCCGAGGCGGCCGGCGAGCGCGUCUGA